CCGGCUCCGGAGCAUAAACAAGAGGGGGGCCGGGAUGAGGCGGCGGUUAAUGCUCAGGCGGCGAGCGGCGGCAGCGGCGGCGGCGAGCGAGGCGGCGAUCGGGGCCCGGCGCCGACCCUGAGCUCACCCCGACCUGCCCCACCCGCGCGCGAGCCCCCAGCCGGGCCCGCGGGCCGCGCGCCCACCAUGAACCUGGCGAGUCAGAGCGGCGAGGCCGGCGCUAGCCAGCUGCUCUUCGCCAACUUCAACCAGGACGUCACGUCUCUAGCUGUUGGUAGUAAAUCCGGGUAUAAAUUUUUCUCCCUUUCUUCUGUGGAUAAACUGGAACAGAUCUAUGAAUGCACUGACACUGAAGACGUGUGCAUCGUGGAGAGAUUGUUCUCGAGCAGCUUGGUGGCCAUCGUCAGCCUCAAAGCUCCCAGGAAGCUGAAGGUUUGCCACUUUAAGAAGGGGACCGAGAUCUGCAACUACAGCUACUCCAACACCAUCCUGGCCGUGAAGCUCAACAGGCAGAGGCUGAUCGUGUGCCUGGAGGAGUCUCUCUACAUUCACAACAUCCGGGACAUGAAGGUGCUGCACACCAUCCGGGAGACGCCCCCGAACCCCACCGGCCUGUGUGCCCUGUCCAUCAACAACGACAACUGUUACCUGGCGUAUCCGGGCAGCGCCACCAUCGGGGAGGUGCAGGUCUUCGACACCAUCAACCUGAGAGCUGCAAACAUGAUCCCGGCUCACGACAGCCCAUUAGCAGCCCUGGCCUUUGACGCCAGUGGAACCAAGCUCGCCACUGCUUCCGAGAAGGGGACCGUGAUUAGGGUGUUUUCCAUUCCAGAAGGACAGAAACUCUUCGAGUUCAGGAGAGGAGUGAAGAGGUGUGUGAGCAUCUGCUCCCUGGCCUUCAGCAUGGACGGCAUGUUCCUGUCCGCCUCCAGCAACACUGAGACUGUGCACAUCUUCAAACUCGAGACUGUGAAGGAAAAGCCUCAGGAGGAGCCCACCACCUGGACCGGCUACUUCGGGAAGGUGCUCAUGGCGUCCACCAGCUACUUGCCCUCCCAGGUGACGGAGAUGUUCAACCAGGGCAGGGCCUUCGCCACCGUGCGCCUGCCUUUCUGUGGCCACAAGAACAUCUGCGCGCUGGCCACGAUCCAGAAGAUUCCCCGAUUGCUGGUGGGCGCCUCGGAUGGGUACCUGUACAUGUACAACCUGGACCCCCAGGAAGGGGGCGAGUGCACCCUCAUGAAGCAGCACCAGUUGGACGGCAGCAUGGAGACAACCAACGAGAUCCUGGACUCCACGUCCCAUGACUGCCCCUUGGUGACGCAGGCGUACAGCGCGGCCGUGGCCAAGGGUCCGCAUGUGCCUUCGUCCCCGACGGCGCUGGCCUACACGGACGAGCUGGGCGCUGCAGGCGGCUCAGGGCUGGAGGAGGAGGCCAGCGCCCUGCGGCUGGAGGACGACAGCGAGCACCCUCCCAUGAUUCUGCGGACGGACUGACCGCGACCUGUGACCUCCUCGGGCCCCGAGGCAGGGAACACUGGCUGACAGAGGACUUCGCAGUCAUGCUGCUAUGAACUUUGACCCGAGCUGGGGAGAGGAGAGGACGGCAGAGACUUCUAAAGCAAAAAGAAAAAAAAAAGAUUGUAGCUGUAGUCUCAUUCCAUACUGUUGAGAAAUACAUUGUUUUCACUUCAGUGGCUUUUAAUCCUGCUUAUGAAUUUUUAGCUUUUCGUUGGUUUUCUCUUUUUUUGCCAAAAUCAACUGUUUGGUGAAGCCCUCGAAACACCUUUGCUUUGCAUGCAUUCAUGUGCCGAGCCAGCCAGGAGCCCUGGAGCCCGCUCACAACAGUGCGCAGGCGUCUGGGGCUUUCCGUCUGCAGAAAGGCACGGGCUGGGAAGGCAGCGGCGGCAAGCGCGCAUCUGGUCCUGCUCGGGCGGGCCGGGCGGCCUUGGGGGGUCCUCUCUCCCUGGAGCCCCUCCGGGACCAUUUCACCCCUCCCCCCCUCCCGUUUUAUUUUGUUAAUUAAAUUCUUUCCAAAUUGGA